CUCCCCGCCGCGCCGGGAGCUCGCCGCCCCCCGGCUGAAGUCCGGUGCCGCCGUGCCGCGCCGCGCCGUGCCGCGCCGUGCCGCGCCGGGGGUGCCGUCACUCAGCGCUUCCAGCAUGCUCCUAAGAUGGCGGUAGCGGCGGCGGGCGGCGGCGGGGGCGGCCGGGCGCAGCGCAGCGGCUGGCUGGAAGUUUUGGUGCGGGAGCGCUGGCACAAAGUGCUGGCCAACUUGGGCGGCGAGGCGCUGGUGCUGAGCGGCGAGGAGCGCCCCGACGGCGCGGCCCACAACGGGCUGGGCGGCGAUGGGGCGGUGUGCCGGGGGGCCGAGGGCGGAGGGGGGGCGGCGGCGGUGCGCACCGCCUUCACCGACCCCCCCGAGCAGGUGCCCGAGGCCGUCUCCAACAAGAAGCGGUGCGUGAAGGUACUGAAGCAGGAGCUGGGCGGGCUGGGCAUCAGCAUCAAGGGGGGCAAGGAGAACAAGAUGCCCAUCCUCAUCAGCAAGAUCUUCAAGGGUCUGGCGGCCGACCAGACCCAGGCCCUCUACGUGGGCGAUGCCAUCCUGGCCGUCAACGGCACCGACCUGCGGGAUGCCACCCACGACGAGGCGGUGCAGGCGCUCAAGCGGGCCGGCAAGGAGGUGCUGCUGGAAGUGAAAUACAUGAGAGAAGCAACCCCCUAUGUGAAGAAAGGCUCCCCAGUUUCAGAAAUUGGGUGGGAGACACCUCCGCCCGAAUCUCCCCGCUUGGGUUGCGCCUCUGCUGACCCCCUGUCGCAGCUUUCCCUCUCUAUUCACAGAGACAAGAAGACAAUACCGCUCAAGAUGUGCUAUGUGACGCGCAACAUGACGGUGUCAGACCCUGAAAACAGACUUAUUGAAGUUCAUUCACCUGAUGCCAAGCACACCGUGGUGCUCAGGAGUAAGGAUUCAGCUACAGCCCAGGCCUGGUUCAAUGCCAUCCACUCCAGUGUCAAUGAGCUCAUCCCCAGGGUGAUUGCAGAGGUCAGAGACCAGCUGGGUAAAACAGGCAUUGCUGGAAGUCGAGAGAUUAGGCAUCUAGGCUGGCUUGCAGAAAAGGUGCCAGGAGACAACGAGAAGCACUGGAAGCCAGUGUUAGUAGUCUUAACAGAGAAAGACCUCUUAAUAUAUGAGAGCAUGCCGCGGAUGAAGGAAGCUUGGUUCAGCCCUCUGCAUACCUACCCCCUGCUAGCCACCAGGUUGGUCCAUUCUGGCCCAGGAAAAGGCUCACCACAGUCAGGGGUGGAUUUGUCUUUUGCAACCCGUACCGGUACAAGGCAAGGGAUUGAAACCCAUCUGUUCAGGACGGAGACAAGCCGAGACCUCUCACUGUGGACGAGGAGCGUAGUGCAGGGCUGCCACAAUUCUGCGGAGCUCAUCACAGAAAUCACCACAUCUUGCACAUAUAAAAGCCAGGAGUGCCGUUUGACCAUCCAUUACGAACAUGGAUUCUCUCUUACAACUGAACCGCAAGAUGGUGCCUUCUCUAAGACAAUUGCACAAUAUCCCUACGAAAAACUGAAAAUGUCCUCAGAUGAUGGGAUAAGGAUGCUUUAUUUAGACUUCGGAGGAAAGGAUGGAGAAAUUCAACUGGACCUUCAUUCCUGCCCAAAACCAAUUGUGUUCAUCAUUCAUUCCUUCCUAUCAGCAAAGAUUACAAGACUUGGCUUGGUGGCCUAAGUGGGAUACAUCUGUUUCUUCAAAGAAAGACAGAGUGACCACAAUCUGAAGUACAGUCGACAUCAGCAACCUGUGCCAGCUAGCAGCAUUCACCAGCUUGGGCUUCAGUACUGGGCCUUGCUCAUUUCUGCAGUCUUCCAAGGCUGAGGUUUCAUUUUCAUCGACUAAAGAGGUGGCAUGACAAGGAAAACGGUGGAUUUCACUGUAAAUAAUGGGGUUUUAAAAUCCCGUAUCAGACAGUAAAAGCGUGUAGUACCAUACGUGUAAAUGUUUCAGAAUCAUAAAUUGUGCCUAUUUCAAUGUACUUGUUUAUAUCGAGUAAGUAAAGGGCUAAGCAGACAAGAGUGGGUAUUGGUUGUGAUGCAAACUCAGUGCUGUUUGAGUAGAAGUUCUCCAGGCAAGAUUGUCCCACCAUCCAAAAGUAAAAUAUUUUUUUCUGUCCUAACCUGUGUGCCACUUCCAGCAGAUUUUUCUUUUGGGGCGCUAUCAGAACCUGUUGCUUGAAUAAGCAGCAGAGCGUGCAGAUGCGCACCUUUGAGUAGGAUGCUCUAAAGCAAUACAGCUGUGGUCAGCAAACAGCUGGAGAGUCCCUGCCAAGGGGCACUUUCGGAUUAAAUGAUAAGACAUCUUGCGUCCGUUCCUGGUGAUGGACCCAAAGCGAGACUAGCUAGAGCCAUGCACUGGGAGCCAGCUGUCAGGGGGGUGGAGGCAGGAGCAUCCUCACGUUACCUGAAUCCACACUGAAGUGUGACCUAAGCUUCUGCCAGCGUGCUUCCACAGCAGUUUUCCAGCAGAAAGCUGGGCUGAGCUUCAUGUCCUUCUUACCCCAACUGUGUCACCCCCUCAGCUCCGCUGAGGCUGGUUGUGUGGUCUUGGUAGAAGAACAAAUGUGAGGAAGGAGGAAGACUUGAUUUUUUUUUUUUUUUUUUUUUUUUUGAGUUUUCUAGAUUAGAUCAGAAGUUAUUCAAGCAGCUCCACGAGUGAGGAAAUGCACUGGGGAAGGAACACAAGCUGCACUGCCAGAAAAGCCUUAAUAUGGAAGGAACUGCUCCUACGAGCAGGACUUGGCAAGUCCAGAUUUAUUCCUUCUUGGUGAAAUGUAAGAUGUUCACCUCUGCACCCAUAACUUCCUAGUUCCUGGUUUGCACCGCAGCUGACUGUUUUAAGUCAAAACACUCGGACCACUGAGUUUUGGCCUUGCCAGCAGUUGCAGUGGGCACUAAGCAGGCCGCAGGCAGGAACGCUGACCGUCGUCGUCAGAGAUCAUACACACAGCUUGCACCUGGAACUACUACACUGGUUUAAUGUGGCUGGGUGGGAACAGAAGGAAGCAGAACACAGAUGGCAUUUAUGGUGCCCUUACUUUGUAAACAGAACUCCUUCAUAUAGGGGUGGAUUUGUGUUUGCUUUUAGAGUUUUGCCCUAAAAAAAAAAAAAAAAAAUAGUCACACUUUGAAGGACAGGAACUGUACAGGGAUAAUAAAUUGGAAGUUUGUAGAAGUUUGCUCGUCAUACUACAAUGCUUCUUUUAUUCUUGAGAAAGCACAUGUUUCAACUUAAUGUGACUUAGCUGGCAAAGAGGAAAAGUAAAAACACAGUUGAGUUCCACAUUGUUUUAAGCUAAGUCUUGACUGGUAAGUGUAAAUCGUGCUGCUUAUUCACAGAAUUAGUUUGUGGCAGUUUCCAUAGAUAUUGAAACUAAUUAAAAAAUUAAGAUGAUGGGCUGAAAUCACAAAUACUGAAAAUGUUUAUUGAAGAACAAUAGCUAAAUUGCCAUUUGGAAGAGCAGCCCCACUCCUGGCACCUCCCACCAGUCAAAAGCAAGCCUGGGAGAGGAUUCACCUAGCUGUGAACUUUGUUUUUCCUGUCAUGGUACUUGCACUUAAAAAUGAAUUCCUCGUGUAAAUUCACAAGGUAGGAGAUAGCAGGUUAGAUACCUUGCCAACCAUUUCCAAAUGGACAUUUCUCAUGUCGUGAGCGCUGCCGUUCACGUAACGUUCUGUGGCAGUUACUUGGGUCUCCUUUGGCUUGGAGCUUCUAGGAGAACCUCUUCUGAGAAGCUGAGGGCAGUCGGUACGCUGGGGGACUGGGUCUUUGAGUAUGAACUCACAUCACAUCGUCACGUAAACCGUUGUGUGAAGUUUCUAAAAAGUGAUUCAGGACACUUUUAUCACUGUUCCAAAGUAUAACGUAAAAACCUGGACGCAGGCUCCUAUAAAAGUUCCAGAGGUUAAAGUGAAAACUUGCAUACUGUGGGGUAGGUUAAAUACAUAUGUAAACUAUACUGCACUAUUUCCUUAUUCCUUUAACACUUACAAAUCACUGGAAUGUUAUACUUAACAUGUAUGUGCAUUGUAAAUAUUAAAAAUUCCUAUAUUAGUACCAACAAUUAAAUGACACAAUAUGUAAUCUAAGGUGCUCAGUACUAUAUGAAGUAUAAGUGAAUAACUAAACGGUUUGCAAAGAAAAUUCAUAUUAUAUAUAUUUAUAGAAAAAAUAAUGAUAAUUACAGAAGCUAUUUCUUCACUUUCAGAUUUUGGACUGAUUCAUAUUUGGAUGGGAUAGACAAAUGAAAUAUGGACCUACUCCACAUUUAUAAGAAUAUAGUGAAUAUUUAUAUUUUAGAGGAAAAAAAUAUAUUUAAUAAAGUCAUUUAUUGGAUUUUUGUGAGGCGAGCUUACUUUGUACCCAGACAAGCUGUUUGGAAGACCCUCCUUUGGUUUUGUGGUGGGGAAAAAUGCAUUUUAAACCUCAGUCAUUCUGUUACAAAUUCAGUUAAUUGGGAGAACUAUUCAUCAUACUGACGGAAUGGCUUUUAAAAUAAAAUUUUUACAAAGUAUUAAUGCACUGUCAGUGGCACGUCGGCGCUUUCUAUCAAGUGAGCUCAGUGUUCCUGUGAUAGCGGCGCUGGUGAUGCCAGGCUGAAAGCAUAACUAUGCAGCAUUUUUUUUGCUGCUGGCACUUACUGAAAGGGCAAAGGGAUGUUCUGGGCAAGGUUGUGCAGGCUCACCUGCGGAAGUUACAGUGAUUUCUCUCUUGCUUACGUUUAACUGGGCACUUACAGAAGUCAUAAAAAACCAGAACAGAAACUUCUGCUCAAGCUUCUGCAUUCAAGGAGCGAGGCCAACAUGUGCCUUGCUUAGUUCUUGCAAAGUUAGAGUAAAAAAGAUGGUUUUCUCCCCUCCUACUUUAAUUCUUAACGUAGUGGCCCAAAUAGAAAAGCUAAGGGCGGUCUGUUCUUUCAGUCUGACCCAAGGUAUGGCAGACCAGCCUCGUGGAAAUCCGAAAAAAGGGGCAUUCUAGAGUUUCAUUCUUUUCACAAAAUACUGACUGUAAAUUGAACGGUCUGAUCAGAAAGUCUGUAUAGCAGCUUCACUGUUAGAAAGAUUUGGACACAUUGGAACAUAUAUAUAUGUUACUGGAAAAAUGUGAUAUAAGGUGUUUGUUAAAAAAAAUAAAAGAAAAUAAAGCUGAUCUGAUGGUGUUCAGGGAA